AUGCAAAUUGAUACUUCAUCUAAUCAUAUAUUAGAUAAGUGCGAAUCAUUUAAGCAUUUAUCUCCUUAAGCUUAAGAGGCUUUGUUAAGUUUAAAAAAGAUAAAGAACAUUGGAUAUGAAUAGACAAAUGAUUUAAUAAAUAUUAAUGUCACUACUAAUAACCAUGAUAAUCCAUCAAUCAUAUCUGAAUCUAUUGUAGAGAAGAUUAUAAGACAAUCUCCAAAAAAUGAAUUUAUGGGAUCUUAAAAUUUCUCAUUUAUCUAGAAGUAUUCGAUUGAUAUUAAGUUUAACAAAGUUCCAAAUAAUUAUUGGCAUUCAAGAAUUCGGUAGUUCUAGAUGACCCAACACCUGAUUUUUCAGAUGCUCUAUCUAGUGACAGAAAUAAACUAAGUGAAAUUACAUAAAAUCAACAAUUCUUUUAAAAAUAGAUAAAUUUAAUUUAAAAUUAAUAAAUUAAGCAAUCUUAGAAUCAGAUCAAAGAAAAUAAAUGUUUUAUUAGAAAAUUUACACAAGAGAAAGAGAAUAUGCUUAAUCAUAAUUAAAUAAAAAAUUACUAAAUAAACAGAUUAAGUGAUUUAAUAUCAAAAGAAAUAAAGAAAAAUACUUUAACAUCGUCUUCAAAUAAUAUUCGUAAAAAUUCAUAUACAAGUUUAAAUACUCAUUGUUCAUCAUAAACAAAAUACCAAUAAUUAAAUUAAUAAGAUUAUCUCUAUAAGAAAGCAAUAAUAAAACAAGAAAAAUUAAAAACUUUCAUAGAGUAGGGUCAAAUAAUAAAUAAUAUAAAGGAAAUGUAAGAAUGUACGUUCAAUCCAAAGAUCAAUAAAAAACCUAAGAUUAUUAAUUCGAGUACUUUUUUUGAAAGACAAAAUAUAUGGAUGAGAAAGAAAAAUGAUAAAAUAUCUUAAUAAAUCGAAAUCUAAAAAGAGAAAGCAACAAAAGAAGUAAAUAUAAUAAUUUAAUUUAGUGCACAUUCAUUCCUAAUUUAAAAGAUGAUGAUAAUAAUAAAAUUAAUAGUUAGCAUAUCUAUUAUAAAGAUCUGUUAUAGCAAAAUAAAUUGAAUGGAAAAAAACAAAAUUUUCGAAAUUCUAUGAUUGAUCUCAACAAAAAUGAUUUAUAAAAUAACACAUGUAAAUAGUAAAUAUAAAGAUCAAAUUCUACAUAAAUCAUUAAUUAACAAACUGAUUUGAAAUAGCUGCUCGAAAUUCAAUUAAAAGUUGAUGGUAUAAAAAAUGUUCAAUGCAUAACUCCAAAUAAUUAGGCUACAAAAACAACUAUAAUUCCUAAUUCGUAAUGUGGAUAUUUGGAUCUUAAAAAAAGAAAAAAUAGUAUAGAAUAGAUUGAAUAAAAAUAUAAACUGCUUUAUGAUUUAGUAAAUAAUGUAACAAAAUAGAAAAAAUGA